CACCACGAGGACGCGUGCAAACAGCUGCAGCGGAAUUACACGACGCGGACAGUACCAAAGGAAAUCUGCGAACAAACCGAACACGAAAAACAGGAAAAUUCCCAAACGCAAUCCCAUAUCAUCAUUCCCAAUCUUUGGCAUCCUCGCUUCAAUUCACAGUUCCAGUUUCAUAGCCUGAAAAGGAUGCAAGAACAUGGGGUGGUCACACACGAAGGAGCUGAUGGAGUCGCGGGAUCGCUCGAAAAGAAAUGAGCUGGCCGUAAUGAAGCAUUGCUUAGUACUUACAGUGAGAAGCAUUGUCUUAUGACCUUGUAUCAGCUGAUGCUACGAGCCGUUAUCGAUCCUCUGGCGCCUAAGUUGACUAUAUAUGCAGCACCAAUGAUGGAAUACGUUUUGGUUCGUGGCCCCACAUCCUUUUUGUUUUUCAAAGCCUCAUGGAACUUUUCGUCCGCAAUGUCCCGUUCUCGAUAUCAGACGAGGACCUUCGCGUACAUCUAGCGCGCAAAAUCCACCAGCCUCCGAUCCAAGAUCCCGGCUCUCCACCACUGAAUUUCGGGGUGGAGCUUUUUCGCAAAGGAAGAUCGAAUGUACACCGUGGCAUGGGUAUUGUAACUUUCCCGGACGCCAGCUCGGCCAGCGUAUUCCUGCAACUACACCACGUCAUAAGCAUCGCCGGGAAACCAGUCUCCUUUACACGUUCCAAUCGUCCCACUAAUGAAGCCCGUGUAGCUGCUGUUAUGUCGCGCCCUUGGGUCGACCCUGAAUCCGUGCGCCGUGAACGAAAGAGACACCAGGACAUCGCGUCUGCUUCUUCAUCGAUCACCAUUGAGCUUGGGCGCAUCUGCCGCAAAAGCGUCUUCGCAGCAGAGCUGACCGUCCAAGGCCGUGUUAUAUGCGAUCCUGACCUACGCAGGCUCGUCAUCAAUAUCGAUCCAGUCCCGAUCAACAGGCGCAUGGAUCUCGAAUCAAUAUUUUCUGCCGUGAUGUCACAUGUACCGUCGAAAUCUUUUUGGUACCGCGCGCACAAUAUCAAUACCAUAUUGUCAUCAGACGACGGAUGUCAUAUCUAUAUCCAGUCAUCUCUUCCUGCGACCAUUCAGGUCGUCGGGGACCUGGUUACAGACCGACUUUCUUCGCUACGCACAGAUGGUCGCCUCACGCCAUUGAUUUUCCAAGGGCUGUGUCUGCACUUUGCCACAUCAGUCGACGCACACCAAUUUCUUCAUCGCUGCAAAGAGAUCCAUUUACCUACCCCCAUUAAUCGCUCUAUGACUAGGAUACUGCGAGAGGAAGGAUACAGCGAAAAAAGUCUGGAUGCUUUACAAGUAGAGAUCCGGUCUCUGUCUUUUCCCCUUGCUUUUGAGGUUGAAAAGGCGUACUGGGCAGGGCUUCUCGAAGCUUCAGAGCUGCUGAGUCUUUGUGGUGCGCUACAUGAAUUAGAGGCGCGUCACGACAACCUCACUGCCGCCUCCGCCUUUCGCCAAUUCACCUCUGUGCUGAAUGUUCCAAGUCUUCGGGACACUCUUCAUACUCCACUAGCAGUAAAUGUUCCACCGCAAACACCUACAUCUACAUCUCAGACAUCAAAUUCGACCUCGCCACAAUCAGGGUCCAAAUCGAGCCGGAAACGUCGAAAUCGUAGGACUCGUAAACGGCAACUGGCCUCAACUGCGCCCCACAGAGCAGAACAAGAUCUUACUGGUCUGCUCCAUGAAGCAGUUGAGGCCUACUUAGUGGAAGCCAGAACGCCAAAGCGGCGCUUUGCCCCUUCUCCAGCGAUAUACCAGUCGUACCAUCUCAUCGUCACGCCCACGACGCAGGUUUUGGAGGGUCCUCUUCCAGAUCAGUCCAACAGUGUCUUACGACGCUAUAACAACAAUGAAGCAUUCCUUCGUGUAUCAUUCCAAGACGAGGACAAGGGAAAGCCUCGCCGUGAACAGUCAUUCUCAAUAGAUCAGCUCUUGGAGAAACGGUACCGUCCCGUCCUUACGGGUGGAGUGCUAGUCGCAGGGCGCAAGUUUGACUUUCUUGGUUACUCGAUGAGUGGACUGAAGGAUUAUUCUUUUGCCUUCGUGACGCCGUUCACAUUUCAAGGUAAUCAUGUUACCGCAGAUAUCAUUCGUGGAGAGCUGGGUGAUUUUACGAGAGCUGCUUACCGCCCCGCCCUGCUAGGUGCUCGUUGGGGCCAGAUGUUUUCGACGUCAUUACCGUCUGUGGAAAUCUCCCCUGAUAUGAUAAAACGCAUUCCAGACCGAACUGCCGGCACUAGCACCAAUGCCCUCUUCACCGAUGGCUGUUCAACGAUCUCGCACGAACUCAUCACAAUUGUGAAGGAAAAAGUCCUACGACGCGCCAAAUUUGGCCCCUCAGCGCUGCAGUUCCGACUCGGAGGAGCGAAGGGAGUCCUAUUUAUGGACCCCGCCUUAACAGGGCAAAUGUUAACGAUACGUCCAUCACAGACCAAAUUUGACUCCGAAAACAUUCGCAGUCUAGAUGUAACCACCACAUCAGCAAAGCCGAUUUAUUGUUACCUGAACCGGCCAAUGAUUGCUCUCCUGGAGCACCACAAAGUUCCAAAUGAGAGCUUUAAACGCCUGCAAGACUGGGCCAUCAGUGAAGUGCGCCAAAUCAAGAAAUCUCUGGACGCCGCUGCUACCACGUUUACACAUCAUGGUCUCGGCGCCUCCUUCCACUUGGAAUCCCUGUUCCGUAAUAUGGCCAGGAUCUUACAGGUGGAACUAUCUCAGGAUCUUCACUCGGAAUCAGGUAUACGCUUUGACUUACUGAAGACUGUCAUCGCAUAUGGUGCCACCCAUAUCUUGAGGGAAAUCAAGCAUCGUGCACGGAUCCGAGUGCCUGGUUCGUACACUCUAAUUGGCGUAUCGGACGAGUGGGACUGUCUUGAGGAAGGCGAAGUAUAUGCCACAAUCUUUGAUCCACGCACAAACGAACGCGUAGCUGUUGAAGGACGUGUUCUGAUCACACGUAGCCCUCAGAUUCAUCCCGGAGACGUUCAGUUUGCCACGGCAGUGCGAAGGCCAGAAUUGAAUCAUUUAACCAACGUAGUCGUGUUUUCGUGCAGGGGAAGCCGCAGUUUACCAUCUUGUCUUGGAGGAGGCGAUCUCGAUGGUGAUAUCUACAACAUCAUCCUUGAUCAAGCUCUAUUCCCACCCAAAGCAUUUACUGCGGAACCUGGCGCAUACAAACCGCUGCCGCCUGAUACCAGAAGCUAUAUAUGUGGUAAAGCUGAAGUUGCGGACUUCGUUAUCAACUAUAUCAAAUCUGAUCUUCUGGGAUAUAUCUCCACACUUCAUCUGAGAAUCUCUGAUCUCAAAGGUGUCGAUUGUGACGAGUGUCUGCUUCUGGCGAAGAAAGCGUCACAUGCUGUCGAUUUCCCCAAGGUCGGAACUCCUGUCAACUUUAAAGAGCUUCCCCUACCUCCAGAUCGGAACCUACGGCCUGAUUACCUGUCUGGUGAGGGUGUCAAUCCCGGCGACGCACCAGGGUAUUACCUUAGCAAGAAGAUACUUGGCAUACUCUAUCGCAGUGUACCUGUCGAUGAGUACCGUCCACGUAAAGAUGAAGCAGACCUUGUUGACCACGAGCUGCUAGAUAAUUUGAUAGAACCUCAUAUGUACGUGGCCUAUGACUUGAGCCUGGACCCCGACGAAAAUGUCCUUGAAGAAAUGCGUCACAUCUUGGACGAAUAUUGCCAACAACUGUUGGCAAUAGCCAAAGUGCACACCGUUUCCAAAGGGUCAAAAGCACAUCUUUCUGAGGCGGAGCUUGUCUGUGGGUGUAUCAUGGAACAUUACUACGAUCACAAGAAGCGUAGAGAGACCACCGCGUCUAUGAACCUUCAGACACAUGAGCUCACACGCGCGAUACGACAAGAGUUCUUUCCUCCUCCAGAAGAGAGUGACGACGAAGAAUUUGACGACAAUGACUAUGACGAUAAUUUUUCGGAUCUCGUGUCAAAUGAUGAGCUCGAGCGUGAUAUUCAGCACCUUUGUGUCAAGUUUAAUCGUGCUAGAGCAGGUUGGGUGGCAGCCCAAGAGGCCUUGACUGAUGCGCGGGAGGAGAGGGUACGAUCCUUUGGCCCCCAGAGUUUUGGUAUUAUAGCUUUGGGAGUCAUGUUGGAUGUGCUGAAGGAGCUUAAGAAGCCACGUACUCGCUAUCAAUGACUCGUUUCAUAUGUUGCACACUGUAUCAUAGUUCUAAUAUUCUGAUACCUUUUCUAUAUGCAGAUGC